CCAGUCCCCUCCUCCGCUCUUUCCUCCAUCACUACUUGUUCUUUCCCUCUCAUCUCCUUCCUCGUUGCCUUCUUCACUUGCUUUACUUUAUCAUAACCUAGCUUGCCCUUCUCUCCUCUCCCCGAAAACCUGGAAAUCCUGUGAAUAGUUGCGCGGCGAUUCAUUUCCUCAUUCCACGGCCGCCCCGGGACCCUUCACCAUCAACAGUACUACUACUACUACUUCUUCAAACUCUACCUCAUCCUAAGCUAGCUAGGCUAUGAAGAAAAUUUACUACUACUUUUUUUCCCCCUCCCUCCAACUUUCUUCUUCUCCUCCUAAGUUGAAACCCUGUUCCUAAUUCGUACACAACUUCUGAAACUUAACCAUCAAUGCUUCCUUUCCUUCUUUCUGGUAUGGUACCAAUUAUUAUUAUAUCUCCUUAACUCCUCUCCUCUCCUCUCUUCAUUUCAUCAAUGGACUCCCUCGCUCACCACCACCACCACCACUCUCCAUCCGACAUGGACGCCUCCUCCUCCUCCUCAGCCAACCACCGUAUGGGAAUCAUAUUCAACGCCAUAACCCACCACCAACAACCUGCACCACCAAUCACCACCACCGCCCCGACGUCUCCACCGGCGGGAGUACAGCUGAGCAGGUACGAGAACCAGAAGAGGAGGGACUGGAACACGUUCGGGCAGUACCUCCGGAACCACCGCCCCCCGCUCUCCCUCCCCCGCUGCAGCGGCGCCCACGUCCUGGAGUUCCUCCGCUACCUCGACCAGUUCGGGAAGACCAAAGUCCACACCCCUAUCUGCCCCUUCUACGGCCACCCCACCCCGCCGGCGCCCUGCCCCUGCCCUCUCCGCCAGGCAUGGGGAUCCCUCGACGCCCUCAUCGGCCGCCUCCGCGCCGCCUUUGAGGAGAACGGCGGCAAGCCCGAGUCCAACCCCUUCGGUGCCCGCGCCGUCAGGCUCUACCUCAGGGAGGUCCGCGACCACCAGUCCAAAGCCAGAGGCGUCAGCUACGAGAAGAAGAAGCGCAAGCGUCCCCCGCAACAACAGCACCCGCAUUUGCCGCCGCAACUUCCGCCGCCGCCGCAGCACCACCACCACGGGAACGUUAUUCAUGUGAUGCAAACGUAUCCUUCUGCUCAUCAUCCACCUGGUGCAACUUAGUUCAGAAUGGUUUGUUACCACCGCUAAUAAUGUUGGUAAUAAUAAUAAAAAUAAUUGUACUGUUUGAGAGAUCGAAAGAUUGAUUCUCUGGGAAGGAAGUGGGAGGAGCUGCUGAUCUUGGUGGUGUGUAUUAAUUAAUCUCUCAGUGUAGUCGCAUGCUGAUUAGGGUUUCCAGUCUGCUGUUUAUUAUUUACAUUUUUUUUUUUUUUUGUUUGGCUGUAAUCGUUUUGAUACAAGCAGAGCAGUGUAAUCGUUGGUGGUAUUCACUUACCGCUACGACUGCGUAGUACUACUAGAAACCAGGGCAAAAGUCGAGUAGGUAGCUCUAAAACCCGAAAUCUAUCUGCUCUAUCUAUGAUUACGUUAGUUAAUGUGUAUACUAAUAUCCUUUUUCCUGAAUUAACUAAUUAUGAUCAA